GAAUGAACGGUCCGGAGAGAAGUUUAAACCUUCAACUGGCCUGAAAAUAUCGUAUUUAAACGUCAGUGUGGCCUAAAGCAAACAUUUUAUCUCAACGGACACACAGGGCACUUAUGUCAGACGACAAAAAUAACACUACAGAUCCAACACGCUUCAGGAGAAGAGGUAAAAUAACGUAUAGUCUUUCUUCCUAAGAUUUCACUGCGGUUAGCUCAGCAGACACUCGGAUCUCCGUGGUCAACCCAGCAGACAUUUAAGAUUUCCUUAUGGAACACUAUGAGCAGCGUAUGAAUGUGGCUAAUUAGCUGCUGGCUACGUUAGCUGUCAUAUCAAAAACAUCCCCUAAUGUCUUCCCUGAAAAGGCAUGUAGCCAUCCCUGUUUUAUAGUUGUAUUGUUGAAAGCGAUACAGUCCGUACACGUUUAUUUCAAAUCGUUGAAAGAUCCGAAAACACUUUAUAUAUUAGGUUAUCCAGCUCAAAUGUUACAUCGCUAUCUGGAAUGUGACAUGAGGAGGCGGGGCUAGCCGGUGCCACCGAGUAGAGUGAUUGGUCAGUUUAGGCUGUCAGUACCACCGAGUAGACUGAUUGGUCAGUUUAGCUUGUCAGUAGAGAUUCCGUAUGUCUGCUGUCGUAAGAGGAAAAUUUGUUUUCUGCUUCUCAUUCUUGACAGCUUGUUUGCUGCCGGGCUGCUGACGAAAGUUAAUGUGGUGAAUUAGAUGUACAACCCUACGUUUCGACGGUACAAAAUCAGACUGGGAUGUUAUCAUGGAGAGAGUCGAUCAUCAAGAAGGAGAGGCACAGGGAGUGAAGAUUUGUGAUCCACCCUGUGAGAGCAAUCCACCUGCUGACACCUUGGCGACUUCUCUCUCCCUCUUGGGGAAUCACAUGUUUCCUCAUCCGGUGGAGAGAAACAACAGUACCACUGUUGACAAACAGGAGCCUUCAAAUCCAAUCCUGUCAGAGGAGAAAGGUGUGGACGCAGAGCCACAAUCUAACCAGGUAACAAAGCUAGAGACUGAGGAGGCAGAAAUCUCUGAGUGUCAGAACAAUGCGUCUUCCCAGACGCUUGACGAAGGAACCGAGGAUGCCACCACUGACAAUGACCGCAGCGACUCUGGGGAGUUUGUCGCUGCAAUGCUUGCUAAGGCCAAGCUGGAGGAGCAAGGAAUAGGUGUGAAGGGAAGGUCAUCUCCCUUGUUGGAGGCCGGCAUCCAGGAAUCUCCUGCUUUUAUGUCUCAUCGUGACGAGGAUGUGACGGCUGAAAGCUGGCGGCAGCACAGGAAGCAUGUUUUUGUGUUAAGUGAAGCAGGCAAACCCAUCUACUCCCGAUAUGGCAGCGAAGAGGCUCUUUCAUCUACAAUGGGAGUCAUGAUGGCGCUGGUUUCCUUCGUUCAAAGUGGAGAUAAUAUCAUCCGCUCCGUCUAUUCAGCGGAGCACACCGUGGUGUUUUUACAGAAAGGGCCCCUAGUGCUGGUGUGUGUCUCCAAUAGUCGUCAGACUGAGCAGCAGCUCCGUGGAGAGCUCCUCUAUGUGUACUACCAGAUCAUCAGCAUGCUCACCCAGGCCAGCAUCUCCCGAAUCUUUGAACACAAGAAAAACUACGACCUGAGGAGACUCCUGGCGGGCUCAGAGAAGAUCCUGGACGGUCUUCUCGACCUGGUGGAUUCUGACCCCAGUUUCCUGCUUGCAGCAGUACACUGCUUGCCCUUAGCCUCCUCUCUCAGGGACUCUCUCAGCCAGAUCCUGCUGAAAGCAAUCACCCCCAAUCUGGUUUUCUCCAUCCUCAUUGCCAACAACCAGCUGCUCACCAUCGUCCAAGAAAAGACGGUCAUCGAGGACGCCAGGCUGGAGCCCGCUGACGUCCACCUCCUGCUCAACCUGAUCGGCGCUUCCUCUGCCUUUCAGGCCGGGGAGAUAUGGACUCCCAUCUGCCUCCCCCUGUUUAAUCCUGACUGUUACUUUUAUGCAUACAUUUCUUACCUGGACCCUCCAGAAUGCACUGUUUGCUUGCUGCUGCUCUCGACAGACAAGGAGGCGUUCUACGCCGUGGCCGAGUGCAAGAGGAAGAUAGAGGAGACCAUGACGGCUCAGAACUCCCUGAGCCUCAUUGCCAAAGUCCAGUCGUACAGCGUGAGCCAGGUGGGCGUCUCAGACCUCAGACACUUCAUGUACAAGCCCUUUGAUGUGCCAGACAACUACCGCCAGCUAACGCAGUUCACCAGCCCAGAGAUGGAGGCCCCAUACAGCAGUGAAGAGGAAAAGAUGAGGCUGCUGGACCUUUAUCGUUAUAUGCACAGCCGCAUCCACAGCACCUCAAGACCCCUCAAGCUCAUCUACCACGUCGCUGAGAGGGAAACUCUGCUAGCCUGGGUCACGAGUAAGUUUGAGCUGUACACCUGCUUCAGUCCUCUGGUGACGAAGGCCUGCGCUAUCACCGCUAUCACUAAGCUUCUACGGUGGAUUAAAAAGGAGGAGGACCGUCUGUUCAUCAGAUACCCCCAAAAGUAUUCAACCACCCCGAACCCCAGCAAGAGCUCUCGAGGCGGGAAAUCUGACCAGCAAGACUCCACGGAGAACGGCUUCUUAUCUCUUCUAUAGGACUCUCCUGGUGCUCGGCCUCACUCAAUAGUUUGUACACUGGUUCCAAGAUAUUUUUGAACACCCCUUUUGACUUGACAGACAUCGACUACUGGAAUCUCUACAACACUACACAAGUUUUACACUAUUUAAGAAGGAAUGAACCCUUUCAAGCUCGUAGUAUUCCUUUACCUUAACUAGAAAGCAUGUCAUUGGAUCACUGCUUUCCAUCAGAAACAAUCAGGACAAAAAAACAGCGUCAGUACGUUUUUAAAAUCGAACUGUGGUAGAAAAUAAUUGCAAUGAUAUUUAAUUGUAUGUUUUUAUAUUAUUUUAUUACUGUAACAAGAAGGAAAAUGUCCUCGCGGACAGUGAAUGUAUCACACAGACAGUUCAUUCCUAUGCUAUAACUAUUCACGGCAGUAAGUUAAGAUGAGGAGUGAAAUGAACUUAAACUACCUUUCUCAGACUAGUUCUUUGAUUUUCUUAGAUAGAUCAAGUGUGUUACAAAACAGAAUAUGCAAAGAAUUUGGGCUCAACGUGAACUGGAAUAACAACAAACUGGAACUGCCAGAGCAGGGCUGGGCCGCCAUGCCUCAUACGUGGUGGCACAUCCCUGUGACGGAACUUGAAAACGUGUCGUUUCAUAUCCCGCUGAUGAUUCGCCAUCACAUUCAAAUGGUCAGGUUUCAUUCAUGUUACAUUAUGUGCAGAAAACAAGUCGGACAUCGCAGCCUGGUUCACCUGAUCACUUUACAUGAGCGUCGUUGUUCGUGCUUUCAUUGUCAUCUAGUGAAGCUAAGAAGACGCCACUGAGCUCACGCAGUCUUUAUCUGCAGGUACUUCUCGUAGGUUGAUCAGUCGACACUUGAUGUAAUCACUUCAGGCGACUCAUCCUUUUGGAUAAUAGUUUUGUAAUGAUUGUCUAUAAACGGUAGCCUCAUCCUUGUGUCCUUUGAGGAAUUUCCUGUCAAUUAAAGUCUUGAGUAUGUCUAUAGUAUUAUGAAAUAAAUCCCAGGUUGCACAAAUCUACACUUGUUCUGAUUAGUUUAGAGAUGUUGAUGUGAAUGAGCUUCAUUUAUAAUUUACAAAUUAACUUUACAGAAAGAAAUGCUUGAUUUUCUGGGUCUGGCAUUUCUGAAAUGUUUUCCUGAGUUUCUUGGACUUAAUUUGGUACUCAUUGUUAUUAAAGGAAAAACAGGCAGUUGGUAGACUGCCAGUUAAUUGCUUGCAUAACUUGAGUUUUUUUUUUUGGCAUGGCAGGUGAGAUGCAAUUAUGGGAAAAGUAUUUAAAGGCGAGCAUUCAGUUCAACAAAUAUGAAGAAU